GCGUGAUAUUUAUAUAUUAAGUAGGCCUAUAUUUUGCUGUAGAGGGAUGCUUCUGUUUUAUCUAGCUUCUAUCAAAUAUCUUUUUAGAGUAACCGUUCCCCCCCACUAAAUUCAUAUUCACCAACCGCUUCUGUUCAGGUCGUUAAAGUAUCUGCGAAGUUAUAAGACUAAACUUUUCCACGCGCUGAGUUAUUGAAGGAGGGGUAAAUGUCAUCGCUGGGAGUGUCGCGAGCGCGUCUCAUAAACCUCACAAUGACCGCUGGAGGUCUCACUCCAGAGAAAGACGAGACUUGCAUGCAUUUAUUGUUGCAUCUAUAUGGGUUUACAACAUCUGAUCUGCACUAGACUGACAAUGCUCCGCUAUUCAGCCACCCUCCGCUAAAAAAAAAAUGACAGCCUUCUCCCGAGUUGUUUAGGCGCGUUAACUUUGAACAAAUUCGGUCCAGCACGUCCCGGCGGUGAUCUUACUUUCGAUGCAUGAGAGUUUGAGGUUUUCAGCCGCUGAGCAGACAGCAUCUGGGCUGAAUCAUUUGCAGUAUGGCUUCGGAUCAAGAACACAGCAGGCAGCGUCUGAAACAGCUUCUGGGGAAACCUGGGAAUAGAACCUGUGCCGACUGCGGGGCUGCAGAUCCGGAGUGGGCAUCCUACACCCUGGGAGUGUUUGUGUGUCUCAGCUGCUCCGGCCUUCAUAGAAACAUUGCUCAGAUCAGCAAGGUGAAAUCUGUCCUGCUGGAUCCCUGGAGCUCCACUGAGGUGGAGUUUAUGGACUCUGUGGGCAACAAUGCUGCCAAGGCCAAAUAUGAACAGAUAGUUCCUGCCUUCUACUACCGACCUACACACAAAGACUGCACACUCCUGCGGGAACAAUGGAUCAGAGCCAAGUACGAGAGGAAGGAGUUCUUGUGUGUAGAGAGGCAGGAGCCCUACUCGGCAGGCUACAGAGAGGGGUUUCUAUGGAAACGAGGCCGAGACAAAGGACAGUACCUCAGCCGAAAAUUUAUUCUGUCCGAACGGGAAGGUGUUUUGAAGUACUUCAACAAGCACGAUGCCAGAGAGCCUAAAACGGUAAUGAAGAUCAAUACUUUGAAUGCCACUUUCCAACCAACAAAAAUCGGUACUGCCCACGGCCUGCAGAUAACCUAUUUGAAGGACAACAGCACUAGGAAUAUCUUUGUUUACCAGGAGGAUGGAAAGGAAAUGGUGGACUGGUUCAACGCCAUCCGAGCAGCCAGGUUUCACUACAUGCAGGUGGCUUUUCCUGGAGCUUCCACCUCUGAAUUGUUGCCAAAGCUAACCAGGAACUACAUAAAGGAGGGUUACAUGGAGAAGACUGGUCCAAAGCACACAGAGGGCUUCAAGAAGAGAUGGUUCACGUUGGAUGACAGGAGGCUCAUGUACUUCAAAGACCCACUGGAUGCCUAUGCACGAGGCGAGGUGUUCAUUGGUAGCAGGGAAAACAGCUACACCACGCUGCCCGGCCUCCCCCCAAACAUUCAGGGCUACCAUUGGCAGUUUGGAAUUACCAUAGUGACCCCAGACAGGAAGUUUCUACUUGUGUGCGAGACUGAAGAGGAUCAGAAAGAUUGGAUCGCUGCAUUACAGACUGUUAUCAACAGACCAAUGCUGCCCCAGGAGUAUGCAGUGGAGGCCUAUUUUAAGCACAAACCAUGACUGACUUAGUGUUUGAAGACCUGUUGGUGCACAGAGUGGAGCUGGAAGAAGAGAAGAACCUCAGAUAUGUACUUGAUAUCUCAUAAUGGUUAGUCUUUAUAAAGACUUAAGGGUGACAGAGAAAAAGACCUAAAGGUGAGACAUCCCACCGUGACUCCUUUAGUCUACCUGCCAUCCUGCUCAACAUUAUGUGCCAGACCCAAUUCUUAUGUAGUCCGAAUCACUCCUAAGCUCAUGAAUGUUCGCCUAACUCACUCGUCUGUUAUGUGAUAUGACUUGCAUACUUAAAAGAGGUCAGUCAUCCUGACCUGAAAGUGCAGAGGUUAUGUUUGUAGGAAUCCGAUAUUAGAAGGUGUUUUCUCCAUUGUCAGUGAAAUAGGAGUAUGAAUGCUUACAUUUUCCAGAUGUUUCAACAAAGCGUACCAACUAAGCCCUUCAGGUAAGUUAUAUGCAUACUAAAACAUUAUCGGGCACAGGCCUUUAAUGUCAGCAGGAAGGAAUAAUAUACAUGGUCUGUGGAUACUCACAUUUAUUUCCAUUAAUAAGUACAAUGGUAUUUAAUUCUCACUGUAUUUAUUUUUUUAACUGUCUAAUUUGCUGUUAUAUUGCCAAGCACUGCAGUUAUAAUUUUUUUAAUAAUUAUUUUUGCUUUGUUUGUACAAAUUCAAGCAGCUGAAUGUAAACCGCUUUGUGUACUGUUUAUUAUCACAUUUAAGAAUUUGCUUGUAUUACUUUGUUCCUCCUUUUUGUAAAACUGUAUAACAAUUGUGAUCCAAUUUAGCAUUUACUUUCCUUAUUAAUCCAGAAGAGGGAGACAGAGGAAAGGUUUUAAACUUACUAUUACUCAUGCACUGAACUCAAUGUGGAGUUGGAUAGGAGAAUCUGUGUAAGUGAAACUGAAAUGCUGUCUAUUAAAAGGGUAAAAGCCA